UCAGUAGGUAAAUAUAUCCAUAAAUCCAACUUAACCUAACUUUAUGACUUUCUCUUCAGGUGGUUAUUUUUAUUAAAUCCACGGAUAUAUGUCUUAUUUGAAUUCCGAAAUAUAGUGAGUGUAUUUAAAUAUUAUAAAUAAUGAACUUUUUACGACAACUUAUUCCAAAAGUACAAAUUCGACCAACGUUAACUUCAUUUGUAUCAAAUAUUCCCACAAAAUAUAAUCUACCAGACUUCUCAACUCUACUUUCUACUCAAUUAUCACGGCUUAAUAUACAAGAACGAUGUGCCUCCUCUCUUAAUCAAAUGCAUAGAAAAGGACCUCAUAUAAAGAAAAGGAAAUCUCGUAAUCCAUUGGACGGCAAUCCCUUCAUGAAAGGCGUUGUUCUAAAAACCUUGAUCAGAAAACCGAAAAAACCAAAUUCUGCGAACAGAAAAUGCGUUCUGGUUAGAUUAUCCAAUGGAAAAGAAAUGAUUGCUUAUGUACCCGGAAUUGGGCAUAAUUUACAGGAACACAACAUCGUUUUAUGCAGAGUGGGUCGAGUACAAGAUUGUCCAGGAGUUAAAAUCAAAUGUGUCAGAGGAAAAUUCGAUUUAUCCCAUGUAGUUGUUAAUAGACAAUAGGUCCCAUUAUUAUUAAAUGUUUAGAUAUUGUUUUACCUCGA